CCUAUCCAACUUCCCAACACCCGCGUCACCAGUGUCUACGCACCUCACCUGCGCAGGAAACGAUCAGAAAAUCCCUCCAUGGUUGGUCGGUAAUUGCAAAUCUCAGUCGCCAUGGCAAUCGACGUCCAAAUUUUGAAAGAAAGGUAUAUAAAUUCUUGCAGGAGGCACUGUGUCCUACCAAAUCCUGCAAUUCUGUCCGUUCUCUUCAAGGCUAAGGUUAAAAAAUAUUGCCAGGAAGUAUGUAGCUUGGAGAUUUCAUUAGACCACCUUAAGGAUACUGAUUUCCCGCCACUUCUUGAUUUAUGCAUGGAGCUUGAUGAUUCAGAGGUUGAAGCAGUUGACAUAUGCAAUAAAUCAUUGUAUGUUCUGGAUGGAAAAUAUGCUCUGUUGUUGAUGCGCGCUAUUAAUCAAAAGCUUCGAGUUGUUGAUCUCUAUGAUUUGUCAUUUGGAAAGAAUUUCUCGAGGGAUAUUUCUCAGAGAGGUUUAACAUGCCAAGUUUUAAACUUAAGGUCGUCGCAUUUUCGGAAGCUCAACAUGAUGGGGGAGUUCAUGCGGAUACACACCCUUAACCUUGAUUUUAGUACUAAGCUCACUAGUUUUCAGGAGGAUUGUUUUACUUGCAUGCCCAACCUAAAGUGUCUUUCUCUGUGUGAGACAAGAAUUUCAAAUCUCUGGACAACCAUCGCUGCACUUUCUAAACUCCCUUCUUUGGUUGAACUUCGAUUUCAGAAUUGGUCGGGCUGCAAUAAUGUUGGCCCUUUUUCUGCAUCAUCUAGUCGGAAGCCUGAUGACAAAACUGAUUCCAAUCUGCCAAAUAGUGUUCAUUAUGGUGGGCGACCAUCCAUGUGUGUUGGGGAACCAACAGAUUACAAUUCAAGCAUUGAAGAGGUGCUACGGAAUUUGUUUGUAGUGGGUAAUAUGGGUGUAAAUGAUGAUGAACAAAGCAUGGUUGAAGAUUCAUCAGAUGAUAGUGAACUAGACUCACCGAAUCCCCUGCAAGAACAUGGUUCUGCAGGGCUAUUAUCAAAUGUUUUCUCAAGCUGGAAUAGACAGGCCGAUCCACAAAAUGAGAAUCAAAAUGAAGAGGAGUCCUUGCAGGGUACCUUCACAAAGCAUAUUGGAGACAUUGAAUUGAAAUAUAUUUCUUAUCAUGCUUCACCAAUAUGUUUCGAGAAACAUUAUAGAGAGUACAUGAUAGCCUCAUUACCUCAUUUGAGAAGUUUGGAUAACUUGCCUAUUGGAAAGAUUGAUCAGGAAAGGGCGAGGAUUAAAUUUUCAGAGUGUUUUGAGAAUCUACCUUAUCAGAGGAAGCAUAAAGAGAAUAUUGUCCACAUGUUACAGAAGCGUGAAAUAAGAGCAAGCCAAACUCAAGUGCAAAGUCCUGGUCAGAAAUCAUCAAGUCUCUAUGGAAAAUCUCAACACUUCUAUACGAGGUCUCUUUGUGCUGCUAAAAUGGGAUCUUCUGCCUGGCCUUUCUUGCACCCGCUAUCGGUUUCAGGCAGAAACUUGGGAGGUGAAAGUAGGAGCUUUCGCCCUAGGCAGUUUGAGUAUCAUCCAUCUGACUCUAGUCUAAUGGUCUUUGGAACAUUAGAUGGUGAAGUAGUUGUAGUCAACCAUGAGAAUGAAAAAAUUGUCAGUUAUAUCCCAUCAUCAGGAGCAAUGAAUAGUGUCCUGGGACUCUGUUGGCUCAAGAAGUAUCCCUCUAAGCUAAUAGCUGGGUCAGAUAACGGUUCAUUGAAAUUAUAUGAUAUCCAUCAUACACGAUCAAUGGUAAGGGGCGUCUACCAUAGUGCUGGUUCUGUGACUUUUGACGAGUUUGACCAGUUGACUUCUGUUCAUGUUAACUCCACGGACGAACUAUUUCUUGCUAGUGGAUACUCAAGAGAUGUUUCUUUGUAUGACAUAAGUAGUGGAAGACGCUUACAGGUGUUUACUGGUAUGCAUCGGGAGCAUAUUAAUGUACUGAAGUUUGCAAACCAUUCCCCAUCUCUUUUUGCAACUUCUUCAUUUGAUAAGGAUGUCAAGAUGUGGGAUCUCAGACAGAAGCCAAUACAUCCUUGCUAUACUUCUUCAAGCCCUAGGGGUAAUGUGAUGGUUUGCUUUUCUCCAGAUGAUCAUUAUCUUUUAGUGUCAGCUGUUGACAAUAAGGUUCGACAACUUCUGGCAGUUGAUGGGAGACUUCACCUGAAUUUUGAGAUAGCCUCUACAGGAAGCUCUCAGAAUUACACCCGAUCCUAUUACAUGAAUGGAAGGGAUUAUAUCAUCAGCGGGAGUUGUGAUGAGCAUGUAGUCCGCAUAUGUUGUGCUCAAACCGGGAGGCGGCUGAGGGAUAUAUCUUUGGAGGGACGAGGGGGAUCUGGAAGUUCUAUGUUUGUGCAAUCUUUAAGGGGAGAUCCUUUCAGAGAAUUCAACAUGAGCAUCUUGGGAACAUAUAUGCGUCCAAGCUCGAGGUCUGAAAUUGUCAAGGUCAACAUGCUAGCAUCCAGUAACUAUGCCAAGGAACACCUUGAUGGUCAGCAGCCUUGCCCAACCAAGAAUAUGGGAGGUUGAUGUAUGUAUGUACCUUAUUUGUAAGCUAUGCAUGCAUGUGAACAACUCUUAUGUCCUAGGAAAGCGUCUGCAAAGGUGCAAAAACGCGAACAUCUCUACCAUCAGUUUGGUCUACCAGUACAUCACAUUUUGCCCCAUCCCAUCUUCGUUUGCUCUCCCAUGCGGGACUGUGUACGUACUAAUUGAACCUGCAUGCGUCGCAACUAUCGGACGAGAUCCAGUGGCUGGUAGAGCUGAUUCUUGGCAGAUGCUUGAGUAAAAGAUACAGUUCAUUUGUUUUGCUAUUGUACAGGUACAUGUGAUAUGCCGUGUAAUGAGUUAGAAGGUAGUUAGUAGUCUCUUAACGGAGUGUCUGUCAUAGGUGCUUCUGGUUGUGAGAUAAACUUGUUAGUGCUGGUAUGAAUAAGAAGUUUACGGAGAGCAUCGGUCUCCGGCGGAGUUUCGGUUAUAA